AUAUCUGUCAAAUUUUAAUUCAGAGGACGUGUUAAAUUAGCCAUAACUUUAGUUUAAAGCUAAAUUUGAUAAUAAUUACAAUAAAUUCCAAUUCCAUUUGUUGAGGGAAUAGAAAGAAAUUAAACGAACCAACUAGGAACGGUCAUUUAGCCAGAAAAUGACACAUGUCAGUUAACUCCUUUGAACAAUUGACAGAAAAGUUCUAGAGUGGAUUACCGGCUAUACCCGGUAAACAGUCAAUUACUAUAAAAACGCGUUAUAGCCAUAUAUAUGAUCCAAAGGGGUUUUUGGUUGUCCGUGUCGUUCGUCGUCUCUCUCGCCGGACUUGUUCAUUCAGAUUUCGUCUCUCUCUCUCUCGUACUCUUCUUCAAUUUUGUCCUCCGUAAAAUCUUGAGAUGGCGUCGAGGAACUCCGUUGCCGUAAUCGCUUUAUUCGCUUUCGUUUUCGCCGUCAUCUCUCCAUUCGCCGGCGCUCAAUCCUUAGCUCCUGCUCCUUCCCCCACUAGCGACGGAACAUCGAUUGAUCAAGGAAUCGCGUAUUUGCUAAUGGUGGUGGCGUUGGUGCUGACGUAUCUCAUUCAUCCUCUUGAUGCAUCUUCUUCCUCCUACACCUUCUUCUAAUCUUUUGGAUUUCUAAAUUUGAGAGAGUUUAUGAGUUCUUUAGUGUUUCAACUUUCCUAUUUUCAGUGAACACAAACCUCUUUCGCUAAUAUUCAGAAAUUAGAGAUAUCUUUUUUGUUAUUUUUAGAUUUGUUUAUUGAUUUAUGUCUCCUAUAUAAUUUGUUUAUUGUAAACGUACCCCUUUUAAUUAUGUUUAUUGCCAAUGUUUCCAAUACUUUAAAAAUAUUCCAAAAUUGUUACUU